GUUCACAUUUGGUUUCAAUGGAAGUUGAGGGAAUUCACAGCAUUUUUGAGGAGGGACUCACCACUUUGCAGGAUUGAGUCCUAACAGUGCACUAUUCCCAGGACCCAGAGCAGAAUUUAAUACAGCAUAUGGUCUGUUUAAAGUAAAGAUGUCUUUAAAUCCAUCUACAUUUUUGAACCAAGAAAGCCAUCAGAAAUUAAAAAGAAAUUUUGAAUGUUUGAAAAAUUCACAACAACAGACUACUUCAUCGCUUCAAGAUAACCCACUUCAGAAUUUACAGUUAGCAUCCUGGGAAGUUCUUGAAAAGGCCCAAAAAAGUGGGAGAUCAAAGUGCCCAAGAUGCGGUAGUUCAAGGAUGUUUUAUUGUUAUUCAUGUUAUGUUCCAGUUGAAACGGUGCCUACCAAAGAAAUUCCAGUUGUGAAGCUUCCCUUGAAGAUUGACAUAAUUAAACACCCAAAUGAAACUGACGGCAAAAGCACUGCUGUCCAUGCUAAACUCCUAGCGCCUGAAGAUGUGACCAUUUAUACAUAUCCUUGCAUUCCGGACUAUGAAGAAAAAAGACAUGAAAUUGCACUUAUCUUUCCUGGUCCUAACUCAAUUUCGGUAAAAGAUAUUAUUCUCCAUCUGGAAAAAAAUGUUAGUUGUGGCAAUGAUGAUUCUUCGUCAGAGCCAUUUCUCAAGAAACCAAAAAUAGAAACAAAAGAAGAUCGAAACCUAAGUGAAUACAAAUCAAACAGCAGGAGUGAAGACACUGUACUGAAGAAAGUAAUAUUUAUUGACAGUACUUGGAAUCAAACCAACAAAAUAAUCACUGAUGAGCGACUUCAAGGGUUACUACAAAUUGAGUUGAAAACAAGGAAAACUUGCUUUUGGCGUCACCAGAAAGGAAAGCCAGAUACGUAUCUUUCUACAAUUGAAGCCAUUUAUUAUUUUCUUGUGGAUUAUCACCAGGAGGUUUUAAAAGAGAGCUACAAAGGACACUAUGACAACUUGCUUUUUUUCUUUUCAUUUAUGUACACAUUGAUAAAAAACGCCAAGAAUUCUGCAGGAAAAGAAUAAGCCAAGACAUCUAUUCGUUUGUUUUUCUUUAUUAUAAUUAAAGUGUAAUAUAAUUUUUUGUCUAAAUGACACUUGAGAGUUCAAUAAUAAAACCGUGUAUUACACUC